GGCGGCGCCUGUGGCGAAGUCGUGAUCCCAGAAACAGGUCAUUUAUAUCUCAUUUAAAACCUGAGUACGCCAUUAAUAACAUGGACUAUUGGAUUUAUGUCAUUACGAUCAUAACGCGGAAAUAAAGGACCUGGAAAUAAAACAGUGAGCAAGCAUGCAGGCGUCAGUGAGAAGGCUGGCUCUUUUCCCCCUGGGUGCUGCCCGGUCCAGCCUGAUAAGGGGAGCUCUCCUGAGCCCAGCGGCCCGCCUCCUCUCCCCCAGCACUCGCAUGCUGCUCAGUGAGACGGGAGAGUGGGAGAAGGACUACAAAACAGAGACCCGACGCAAAGUGGAAGACUGGUGGCACCCACGAAUUAUGGCACAGUGGAGCAAGGAUGCACUGAAGGAGAGUUCGGAGAAGAAGAAGUUUUAUGUACUCUCCAUGUUUCCGUACCCAUCAGGGCGACUGCACAUGGGCCACGUGCGAGUGUACACCAUCAGCGACACCAUCGGCCACUUCCAGAGAAUGAGAGGCCAUCAGGUGUUGAAUCCAAUGGGUUGGGAUGCUUUUGGACUUCCGGCCGAAAAUGCAGCCAUUGAGCGAGGUCUCGACCCUGAGGAGUGGACUAAGAGUAAUAUUCUGUCCAUGCGGGAGCAGCUGGACAGCCUCGGUCUUUGCUUCAACUGGGAUCGGGAAGUCACCACUUGCCUUCCAGACUACUACAGGUGGACGCAGUAUCUGUUUGUCAAGCUCUUUGAAGCAGGACUGGCGUAUCAGAAGGAGGCUGUGGUGAACUGGGACCCUGUUGAUCAGACCGUGCUGGCUGAUGAACAGGUGGAUGAAAAUGGUCGCUCCUGGAGAUCUGGCGCCCUGGUGGAACAGAAGCUGCUCACACAAUGGUUCAUCAAGACUACAAACUAUGCCAAGCCGCUGCUGGACGCCCUGGCAGACCUGCCAGAGUGGUACGGUGUCAAAGCCAUGCAGGCAAACUGGAUUGGAGAGUGCACCGGCUGCUACUUCGAUUUCAAACUCAAGGUGAACGGGGAAGACACGGGGGAAACCCUGUCUGCCUACAGCUCCUCUCCAGAGACGGUGUUUGGAGCAGCUUAUCUUGCCAUCCUGCCCUCCCACAGACUUCUGCACGGUAGCAGCGCAGUCCGCUCGGCCCUGGAGAAAUCCUUCCAGCCAGGCAGAGACUCCCUUACAGAAGUCACUGCUUGCAACCUUUUUACCGGCCACGAGGUUCCCCUGGUCAUCUCACACAAGGAGGCUUUUGAUGGCUAUCUGGAUACCGUGAUCGGUAUCCCAGACUGUAGUGAGGAGGAUCUUUCUGUGGCCAGAGCUCUGAAUCUGAGCUGGAAGACAGUGCUGAAAAUUGACAAAGACGGGACACAAACUCUGAUCAACUCUGAUGAGUUCACAGGACUCACCAUGGAAAAAGCCUUUGACUCCAUUACCCAGAAGGCCAGAGAGCAAAAGAUGGGCGGACACCUCACCAGCUCCAAGCUCAGGGACUGGUUGAUAUCAAGGCAGCGAUACUGGGGCACACCCAUCCCUGUGGUGCAUUGUGGAUCUUGUGGUCCAGUUGCUGUCCCUGAGGAGGAGUUACCUGUUACGUUACCAAAACUGCCGUCCCUCAAAGGAAAGGGCGCUUCACCCUUGGAGGAAGCUCAUGACUGGGUGAACUGCAAGUGUCCCAAAUGUAAGGGCCCAGCGAGGAGGGAGACUGACACCAUGGACACGUUCGUGGACUCGGCCUGGUAUUACUUUAGAUACACAGACCCUCAUAACACAGACAGGCCUUUUGAGCGGCAACUGGUGGAUCACUGGCUUCCAGUGGACGUUUACAUCGGAGGGAAAGAGCACGCUGUCAUGCAUUUAUACUACGCUCGCUUCCUCUGUCACUUCUGCAAGGAUCAGGGUCUUGUCGACCACAGGGAGCCUUUUCGGAAGCUGUUGGUCCAGGGUCUGAUCAAGGGCCAGACUUUCAAAGAGGCGGAGAGCGGCCGGUACCUGAAGAGAGAGGAGAUAGACUUCACAGAUACGGAGCCGGUGAUGCGUGGUGGUGGUGGUGGUAUAGAGGUGACGUGGGAGAAGAUGAGCAAGUCUAAAAACAACGGUCUGGACCCCCAGGAUGUGGUGCAGCAGUACGGCGUUGACACGGUUCGACUCUACAUCCUUUACGCCGCACCACCCGAACAAGACAUCCUCUGGAAUGUCAAGACGGACGCACUCCCUGGGGUUCUGCGUUGGCAGUCUCGGCUCUGGCAACUGGUGACCAAGCUGAGGGGGGCUCGACAAGUCGGAGAUCCCCCCAGUCCCUCCCUGCUGAAAAAGAAAGAGUUGGCAGAGACCAAGAAGAUCUGGGCAAACAAGAACUACGUUAUUCAAGAGGUGACAUCUCAUUUCACAGAGGAGUUCCUCUUCAACGCUGCCAUUUCUCGGCUAAUGGGACUAACCAAUACACUGAGUAGUGCAACAGUCAGGGUGGCGCAGCACAGCGUGGAGUUUGAGGAAGCUCUGGCUGCGCUCGUUAUGAUGACAGCACCUAUGGCCCCUCACCUGGCUUCUGAACUUUGGGCAGGUCUUUGCAAAGUGGAAAACCCCCUUAGCCCUCUCCUGCAGCGUGGAGGAGACGUCCUGCAACAGGUCUGGCCAACUGUAGACCCCGAGUACCUGGAGGUCCCUGACUUUGUGGAGCUGUCUGUACUGAUUAACAACAAGGCCUGUGGAACAGUGACCGUGCCUCUGCAGGUGUCCAAAGAUUCGAAGCAAGUGCAGCAGCUUAUCAUGGAUAGCCCGUUGGUGCAGAAGCAUCUGGGUGGGCGCAGCAUCAAGAGAGCCAUCCUCUCCCCCAGGGCCGCCCUCGUCAACCUCCUCAUUGACGAGUGAUGUUUGGGUGUUCACUGCUACAAAAGAGACAAAAAGAGUUGGACUUUUAUAAACAAUAAGACAAAAGUGAAAGUUAGUUUAAAUUACUUUUCAUAACUUUGAUGUAAAUAUAUCUAAAGAUUUUUUACUUAUACUUCCAGUUUUCAUUACAGAAAUGCCAAAAGAAGUUGGGUUUUUCUUGUCUCUUUAAAGAAUCCUAAUUGAGAUUUGGCACCUGUCCCUUCAGAUAAUUCUUCGGUUUAGCUGGACCCUCUUGACAAUCACACAUGUGCACAAACACAACUUUAGAUUCCAUCCUUCAGAUCUUCACUUUAACCUGUAACUCCAGUUUCUGCAUUGCUCCAAGGAGCUGAACUUCACAUCUACCCGUCUGCUUUGUGCUUGUCUGCUUCACAUCUCGGCUGGGUCACGCAGUCAAGAUCUUCCUCAUCAGUGUUUAUCUCUUCCUCUGCUGCUGUUUCUUGCUGCAGAUAUUUACUGAGUAUUUUACGGAUACAUUUUUGGUCUCUGGAAGUGCUCUACGAACCCUCUCACUAUUAAAAGGUCUAUUCAAGGUCACUUAAGAGCCUCAAGCGGUUGGGGAUUUUUCAGCUUCCCACCCUAUCAUGUUUUUUUUAUGGCUGCACUGUGCCUACUCAUCAGCUCAAUGUCUGUGUCUCAGCAUUUGACCAACAUGACUCAGCCAUCAGCACUGUCUUGGCAGAGCAGCUGCUGCUCUGAAAUGUAUCCAUGUGUACACCCACGGGCCUAUCUUUGAAGGCUUGGUGAGUAAGCAUUUAUUUGAUAUGUACAAGCACUUCCAGUGGUCACAUCGCCUGGAAACCAAGAUUUUCUAUAGCGGUAUAACAAAAGUCUCAUAUUUUGUCUGGUGUCAGCGUAUGAAUGAACAAAACGAAUAUGAUCUCUUUGAAAAGUGAGAUACGCCUGUUGGUUUCGCAAGGUCAACUUCCGCUUGAGGAAGUGCUUUUAUUUUGAUGGUAUAAAGUAAGGAGCAUGUGCCUGAUAAAAUCAUGCUGUAUCACAUAAUGUAAAGCAAAAUAUUUUCAUUAAAACACUAUGAAUAAACAAGGUGCGGACAGAGGGAAUAACAGAACAUUCCCCACAGAGCCCUCUCACCUUUUUUACCAUAUUUCUGUGCGUUAUCUCUGACCAUCAGGUGACAGGAAGAGACUCACAGGAGCCAAAGAAUAACAGGAAGAGAAACCAGGAAUAAGAGGAGGGGAGCAAAGAGCCAACGCAGUGUUGGGUAUUCUCUGUAUUGUUUCAGAUUCCGUGAAUUUGAUCUUAUAGAUGCUGCCACAGCACAAACAGGAACAAGGUGUGUCUAUUUAUUAAGUGUCAAAACGUUCGAGAUGAAUCGUUCAGAAAGGGCCGGUUUAGUCCUACUUUUAAUUUACAGAAACCCAACACUCCAUGAUGAAGCAGUGUGACUGUGUGAGUACCAGCCAAAAAAAGGGGUACCUGGUCUCUUGUCUUCUUAUUAUGUGGGCAAAGCUUUCUCACACACUUUUAAAACUGGCUGUAUGACAUAAUUAAAUCAUGAAAGGUUGUUUUUAAACCCCUGAGCUCUUCCUCUUCUUUUGUUGUUGUAUUUCACACCUUCCUUUUCUACAAUACUUUUAGGAACGGCGGCAGAUAAACAGGGCUGAACCCUGAACUGGUUUGACCAACAAACUGAAUUUGCCGUGUCAUGGAAAAGAUCAACAUUAAAGUGAUACAAUUUGAUAAUUCCAUGAAACACUUCCCAGAUUUUGAAUAAAUAGAUAAGUAGGACAUUACAGAGCAAAAAAUGUGGUCUAAGCUGCUGCAUUUUCUGUAAUAAUUAAUUUUGUCACUUCUGUAACAGCCCUCGAGUUGUUUAACACUUUUUGUCAGCUCUGCAGUUUCCAUGACGACAAGGAUUAUUGAACAGAAACAGAAUUGGUAUGUGACUCACUUUCUCCUCAGACAACAGGAUAUCUUACUCGAUGUGUACAGCAUGAAUUGUCUCUGAUGAUUUAAGAAUAUCACUUUCCUUCCUCUUGAGAAACUGCUGGUGGGUGAAAGGGUGGAGUGCACACAGCAGUGCAGUCACUGUCACCCUCCAUUGCACCAGUUGAGUCCCUGACCAGGCUGUGUGUUCUCACAGGGGGACAUGGAUCAUUAUCUUAGAGCCUGACCUCAAGACGGGUAAUUUGGCAUCCCAGAUUUUUUGUGUGUGUGCUCUUUGAAUAAGCAGAUUUUCACUGGUCCUUUUAUUGUGUUAGGAAUAAAGCUGAACUUGGCUCAUAUGUGAAGGCACCACACUUUCCAAAGUUAUUCAUUUAUUGAGUCUACUUUGCCAAAGUAACAGAGUUAAGUCAUUUUGUCUUUUUCCUAAAUGUGAAUUAGGCCAUAUCCUACGCUGUGCACAUAUGUGACGUGGCUUUUUAAAAAGGGAUCUACAGUAAGCAUAUCUUUAUGAUUGCAUAAAUGAUUGCUUUCUGUGAUUCAGUUGUAUGCCAUAAGGGGUGGCAAUUAUUAUUUUCUCAUGUACUGUAUGUGUUAAUCAGAGAGUCAGUCCCUAAGAAUCUGCUUUAUGAUAUCUGCUGAAACAUAUCUUGAAGUCAUACACAUUAUAAAUGACGUGGAUGCCUCCAGUUCUUUUGAGAUGUGUUUUAGUGUUCAAGUAAAUGUCAAUAUAUCACAACUUCUUGCUCCAUUAAUUCCAAUACUUAUGUAUACCUCCUUUGUAAAAAAAAAUAUAUUACUUUGCAUUUGAACAAGAUCUCAUCUGUGGGUUUUACUAAAAUAAUACACUCAAAAGUUUUUAGUGCAUUUGUGAGAUGUAAAGCAGGUUAAGCCUAUUGCUUGAAGGAAUGCUGCAUUAUGGUGACUGUUUCCUAACAAACAGAUGGCCGUGGCUUAUAAACGUUCUGUUUUAAUGACACAGAGCCAGCAGCAGCCUAGAGGCCCCCUUAAAAAUACUGGCUCCAUAUUUUUUUCACAUCAACUCAGGCUGUCGGACAAUAUAUGCGCACUCUAUGUUCACUCAGGACACAAAUAAAACUUCCUAUGUUUGUAUCCAAUA